AUGGAGUGGAACGCACGUACGUGCAACAGGCUUGCAGCAAUUGCUGCUGCAAUCUACUCCGUCUACUUCACUCAUGCGCAAGCACCGGCCCUUGCACCUUCUGCCAAGGACAGGUUCCAGUCUGCAGGCUUUAUGAAGACUGCCGUGCCACGCGUCUAUGCCAUCCCUGGUGGCACCUGGGAUACGGCGAGUGGUUCGCUAGGCUAUUAUGUGCCUCAGGGCAUGGGAAUGCGGCAGGUGGACACCUCCCACGUCUCCCAGAGCCUUGCGCACAGAAUCCAGUGCCUGGAUGCAGACCUGCGCAUCCCUUGGGGUUUCCUUGUUCACGAUGACCACGGAGGAGUGGCUCUCAUUGACGUUCCAUACCACUCCUUGGACUUGGCAAAGAGGAUCAAGAGAGUGGCACCAGGCAAGCCAUUGCUGAUCAUCUUCACGCACAGCGAUUUCCUGGGAGUGGCAGAGGUGGACAAUUGGCGCAACAGCUUCGAGACCGUGCGAAUUGUCGCUCACGAUUCCGACGCGAUCAAAGGUGACGUCGAGAGAUUGGUUGGCAGUGGACCUUGGCAGGUGGGCGAUUUUCAGAUCCAUGCCGCCCCAGGGCACACAGAAGGCUCCUUGAUAGUGAGCUCGAGCAGUCUGAGCACAUCAUUCGGAGGCGAUUCUGCAGGCGUGUGGGAGGGGAAGCCCACCGGCUUUCCCGAGAUGGCACGAUUCAGCUGCAAGGCGCAAUCGUUGUCCUUACGCCGGUUCGCAGACAAUGCCCCAUUUUACAGGUACUGGUUCCCUGGCCACGGCCUACCGAUGCAGUUCGAGAGUCGUGCGGAGAGGCAGAAGCUCCUCUACCUGGUGGCAGACGGAUUGGAGCAGGCCUCCCGGUCCGGCCGGGUGGUCGCACCCUGA